AUGGAGGUGCCUUGGGCAGCACUCCUUUUGAGUACUGUCCUCCUGAGUCUUUCAAGCCAGGGGUUCAACUGGGAACCUGACAGAAAUUUCAUUUCAGCUGCUGGUCCUCUAACAAAUGACUUGGUACUUAAUCUGAGCCAUUCUUUAGGAAACCAGGGAUCUGAUUUGGCAUCUGAGAGCAAUGACAUUUAUGUCUGCCAGCAGCCAUUGCCCUCUUUCCUGCCACAGUACUUCAGCAGUCUUCAUGCCAGUGAGGUUUCCCAUUACAAAGUAUUUCUGUCGUGGGCACAACUUCUCCCAACAGGAAGCUCUGGGAAUCCAGACCAGGAAGCAGUGAGGUGCUACGUGCAACUCCUGCAGGCCCUGAAGGCCGCCCAGCUUCAGCCCAUGGUGGUCCUGCACCACCAGAUCCUACCUGCCAGCACUGCCCAGAGAGAUUGGGCCUUCACUGACCUCUUUGCCGACUACGCUGAAUUCGCCUUUCAGUCCUUCGGAGACCUCAUUGACAUCUGGUUCACCUUCAGUGACUUGGAGAACGUGAUCAUGGAUCUUCCCCCCCAGGAAUCAAAAGCAUUCCGUCUUCAGACCCUUGGCGAUGCCCACAGGAAAGCCUUUGACAUUUACCAUAGAAAAUAUGCUUCUCAGGGAGGAAAGCUCUCUGUGGUCCUGAAGGCUGAAGACAUCUCUGAGCUCCUGCUAGACCCAGCCUCAUCUGUACUUGCCAAGGACUCAGUUGAUUUCCUCUCUCUUGAUUUGUCUUAUGAAUGCCAAAGUGUGGCAAGUCUACCACAGAAGCUAAAUGAAUUGCAGAACAUUGAACCUAAAGUAAAAGUUUUCAUCUUCACCUUAAAGCUUCAGGACUGUCCCUCCACAGGGGAGAGCCCCUCCUCCUUGCUCUUCAGCCUUCUCGAAGCCAUAAAUAAAGACCAAAUGCUUACCAUUGGAUUUGACAUCAGUGCAUUCCUGAGCUGUUCAAGUUUUGAGGACAGACCAUCCUGUUCCCUGACUGACAGCCUGACUGCUGUAACUGAGCAGCACCAUGAGACACCAGCUGUGUCCUCGUCCCCUGAAUCAGCCUACCAAAGAGUCUGGGCAGCCUUUGCUAAUCAGUCUAGCGCUGAAAGAGAUGCCUUCCUACAAGACGUGUUUCCUCAAGACUUCCUCUGGGGUGUCUCCACGGGAGCAUUUAAUGUGGAAGGAGGCUGGGCCGAAGGCGGCAGGGGGCCAAGCAUCUGGGACCAGUAUGGGUAUAUAAAUGCUGCCAAGGGCAAUGGAACACCAGGGGUGGCUAGUGACAGUUACCACAAGCCAGCCUCUGAUGUUGCUCUGCUUCGAGGCCUCCGGGCUGAGUUGUACAAGUUCUCCUUCUCCUGGUCCCGGCUCUUCCCCACUGGGCAGGAGAGCAGCCCCAACCCCCAAGGUGUAGCCUACUACAACAAGUUAAUUGACAACCUGCUGGACUCACACAUCGUGCCCAUGGCCACACUUUCCCACUGGGACCUGCCUCAGGCCCUGCAGGAUCAUGGAGGGUGGCAGAAUGAGAGUGUGGUGGACGCCUUCCUGGGCUACGCAAGCUUCUGCUUCUCCACUUUUGGAGAUCGUGUGAAGCUGUGGGUGACCUUCCAUGAGCCAUGGGUGAUGAGCUAUGCAGGCUAUGGCACUGGGCAGCAUGCGCCAGCUGUCUCCGACCCAGGAGUGGCCUCUUUUAAGGUGGCUCACUUGAUCCUCAAAGCUCAUGCCAGAACUUGGCACCACUACAACCGUCACCAUCGCCUAGAGCAGCAGGGGCGUGUGGGCAUCGUGCUCAACUCAGACUGGGCAGAGCCCCUGAAUCCCAAGAGUCAGGAAGAUGUCUUGGCCUCUGAGCGCUUCCUGCAGUUCAUGCUGGGCUGGUUUGCACACCCUGUCUUCGUGGAUGGAGACUACCCUGCCACCCUGAAGGCUCAGAUUCAGCAGGUAAACCAACAGUGUGGGCAUCAUGUGGUCCAACUCCCGGAGUUCACCGAGGCAGAGAAACAGCUCCUGAAAGGCUCUUCGGACUUCCUGGGUCUGUCUCAUUACACGUCCCGCCUCAUCAGCAAGGCUGGGCAGCAGACAUGUACCUCCAGCUAUGAUAACAUUGGAGGCUUCUCCCAGCAUGUGGACCCCUCGUGGCCCCAGACCUCAUCUCCCUGGAUCCGAGUGGUGCCAUGGGGCAUAAGGAGGCUGCUGCGGUUUGCUUCCACGGAAUACACAAAAGGAAGAGUUCCGAUCUACGUGGCUGGGAAUGGCAUGCCUGUCGGGGAGAGUGAAGACCUCCUUGAUGACUCGGUGAGAGUAAACUACUUCAACCUGUAUAUCAACGAGGUGCUCAAGGCGGUCAAGGAGGACUCAGUGGAUGUCCGUUCAUACAUCGCUCGUUCCUUCAUUGAUGGGUUUGAAGGCCCCUCAGGUUACAGCCAGAGGUUUGGGCUAUACUAUGUCAACUUCAACGACAGCAGCAGGCCAAGGACUCCCAGGAAAUCUGCCUUCUUCUUCUCUAGCAUCAUUGAAAAGAAUGGUUUCCUCACCAAGAAAGUGAAAAGACACCCACUGCCUAGGACAGCAGAAAUCCCCUCCCAAAUCAGAGCUUUCAACUUCCCAUCUGAGGUGCCCUCCAAGGCCAAAGUAGUGUGGGAGAAGUUCUCCAACCAGCCCAAGUUUGAAAGAGACUUGUUCUACCAUGGCACAUUCCGGGAUGAUUUCCUGUGGGGUGUGUCCACUUCAGCCUAUCAAAUUGAAGGAGGUUGGGAUGCUGAUGGCAAAGGCCCCAGCAUCUGGGACAAUUUCACCCACACACCAGGGAACAAUGUGAAAGACAACACCACUGGAGACACAGCAUGUGACAGCUACCAUCAGCUGGAUGCUGACCUGAACAUACUUCGAACUCUGAAGGUCAAGGCCUAUCGCUUCUCUAUUGCUUGGUCUCGGAUUUUCCCGACAGGUCGAAACACUACCAUCAACAGUCCUGGUGUUGAUUAUUACAACAGGCUGAUUGAUGGCUUGGUGACAAGCAACAUCUCCCCCAUGGUGACACUGUAUCACUGGGACCUCCCCCAGGCCCUGCAGGAUAUUGGAGGUUGGGAGAACUCUUCCUUGAUUGAGUUGUUUGACAGCUAUGCAGAUUUCUGUUUCAAGACCUUUGGUGACAGAGUCAAGUUCUGGAUAACCUUUAAUGAGCCCUUGUACCAGGCAUGGUUAGCUUAUGGUUCGGGAGAGUUUCCCCCAAAUGUGCAGGACCCAGGCUGGGCACCUUACAGGAUCAGUCAUGUACUCAUCAAGGCUCAUGCUAGAGUCUACCACACUUAUGAUGAGAAAUACAGGCAGGAGCAGAAGGGGGUCAUCUCACUGAGCCUUAACAGUCCUUGGGUAGAACCCCAGGACCCAGGGGUCCCCAGAGAGGUGGAAGCUGCUGACCGGAUGCUGCAGUUUUCUCUGGGCUGGUUUGCCCACCCCAUUUUUAGAAAUGGGGACUAUCCAGAUGUCAUGAAAUGGAAGGUGGGGAACAGGAGUGAGUUGCAGCAGCUGGCCACCUCCCGCCUGCCUAGCUUUACGGAGGAGGAGAAGAGUUAUAUCAGGGGUACAGCUGACGUCUUCUGCCUCAACAUCUACACAUCCAAGAUGGUGCAGCACAACACUCCCAGGCUGAAUCCCCCCAACUAUGAAGAUGACCGGGAGGUAACAAUCAGUGAUGUGGACUCUUCAUGGACUACCACAGCAAUGAACAAUGUCGUGCCCUGGGGGAUUCGGAGACUGCUGAAUUGGAUCAAGGAAGAAUAUGGUGACAUUCCCAUUUAUAUCACUGAGACCGGAAUGGGGCUGACCAACCCCACACUGGAAGACACAGACAGGAAGUUCUACCACAAAAUCUUUAUCAAUGAGGCUCUGAAAGCCUACAGACUUGAUGGUGUGGACCUUCGAGGGUAUUCUGCCUGGUCUCUGAUGGACAACUUUGAGUGGCUGAAUGGCUACACGGUCAAGUUUGGAUUGUAUCAUGUUGACUUUGAUCGUGUGGACAGACCUCGAACAGCAAGAGCCUCAGCCAGAUACUACACAGAGGUCAUCACCAACAACGGCAUGCCGCUGGCCAAGGAAGACGAGUUCCUGUAUGGAGAGUUUCCCAAGGGCUUCAUCUGGAGUGCGGCCUCUGCUGCAUAUCAGAUUGAAGGUGGAUGGAGGGCAGAUGGCAAAGGACUUAGUAUCUGGGAUAAGUUUUCCCACACAGCACUCAAGGUUGAGAACAGUGACACUGGAGACUUGGCGUGUGACAGUUACCACAAGAUCUCUGAGGAUGUGGUGGCCCUGCAGAACCUGCGUGUAUCCCACUAUCGCUUCUCCAUCUCCUGGUCUCGAGUCCUCCCUGAUGGAACCACCAACUUCAUCAACGAAGCGGGCCUGAACUACUACAUUCGACUCAUAGAUGCACUGCUGGCUGCUGGCAUCAUACCACAGGUGACCAUCUACCACUGGGACCUGCCUCAGGCACUGCAGGACAUCGGGGGCUGGGAGAAUGAGACCAUUGUUCAAUUUUUUAAGGAGUAUGCAGAUGUGCUCUUCCAGAGGCUGGGGAACAAGGUGAAGUUUUGGAUCACACUGAAUGAGCCAUACGUCAUUGCUGCCCAUGGCUAUGGCACUGGUGUGUCAGCUCCAGGAAUCUCCUCCAGGCCUGGCAUAGCUCCGUACAUUGCCGGUCACAACCUAAUAAAGGCUCAUGCUGAGGUUUGGCAUCUCUACAAUGACAAGUACCGUACCAGUCAGGGAGGCGUGAUUUCCAUCACCAUCAACAGUGACUGGGCUGAACCCAGAGACCCCUCCAACCAAGAGGACGUGGAGGCUGCCAUGAGAUAUGUACAGUUUAUGGGAGGCUGGUUUGCACACCCUGUCUUCAACAAUGGAGAUUACCCCGAAGUCAUGAAGACAAGGAUCCGUGACAGAAGCCUGGCAGCAGGACUCAACAAGUCUCGGCUCCCUGAAUUUACAGAGAGUGAGAAGAGGAGGAUCAGCGGCACCUUUGACUUUUUUGGGUUCAACCACUACACCACUGUCCUGGCGUACAACCUCAACUAUUCUGCUGCCAUCUCUUCCUAUGAUGCAGACAGGGGAGUUGCCACCAUUGCAGACCCCUCUUGGCCAGACUCUGGCUCCUUCUGGCUGAAGGUGACACCUUUUGGCUUCCGGAAGAUCCUCAACUGGCUGAAGCAGGAGUACAACAACCCUCUGAUUUAUGUCACAGAAAAUGGACUGUCCAGGCGGGGAGACCCAGAGCUCAAUGAUACUGACAGGACCUACUACCUCCGUAGCUACAUCAAUGAAGCCCUCAAAGCUGUGCAGGAUAAGGUGGACCUUCGAGGAUACACGGUAUGGAGCACGAUGGACAACUUCGAAUGGGCCACAGGCUAUGCAGAGAGGUUUGGUGUGUAUUUUGUGAAUCGCUCCGACCCUUCUCUGCCAAGGAUCCCCAAGGCAUCAGCCAAGUUCUAUGCCUCUGUAGUUGGCUGCAAUGGCUUUCCUGACCCUGCACAAGGACCUCACCCUUGUCUCCACCAACCAGAUGCUGAACCCACGGACGGCCCUGUGAGACAGGAGGUACCAUUCCUGUGGCUGAUGCUUGACACCACAGAGGCACAGACAGCUCUGUAUGUACUCUUUGCUCUUCUGCUGCUUGGAAUCUGUAGCUUGGCAUUUCUGUUCUAUAAAUACUGCAAGUGCUCCAAGCAAAGGAGAACACAGCCAAGCCAACAUAAGCUGAGUCCUGUUUCUUCCUUCUGAUAAGUCACCACCUCCUCAAAGUGUGCAAAGCAGCCUGAUUUCCUUAAAUAUUGCUACUGGCACCAGAUUCCUGCUCAUAGUGGAUUUCGUCAAGGCCUUCUGCACUGCUGGAGAUGACUUCCAUCUUGAAGGAUUUCAGGUUGCUGUGUGAAAUGGAAAUAUCUUCAGUCCUGGAGUUUGGCCACUAGAGGAGCCUAUCAAUGCCUCUUGUGGAAAGG